CUCGGAAUUUUGCUAGCGCCUGAACCCCAGUUUGGGGUGACUGAGCCCUGGGAUAGCCUGUUUAAUCAGAAUCUGGCCUGAGUCCAUGCUUGAAGCUCGGGCACUCGGGGCCUCGCGGCCGCCUGCAGCAAUCCCCUCACACCGCGGGCCAGGGCCGGCUGGAGAAGCGAGCAGGCCACCCACCAAGCACAGGUCACAUGUCCCCGACGAGCGGCGCGGAGCACGGGGCGCAGGGCGGGGCUUCUGGACCAACGCGCAUCCCAAUUGGUUCUCGGGGCUGCCUUUUAGCCAGACGCGCGGAGGUGGGCGGUGCGCGCCUUCCCCUGGGCAGUCCACGCCUUCCGGCCGCCUAGUGGAGCUGCUGCUUUGGCGGGAGUUGGCGGGUGGUGUGAGGUGAGAGGCGCGGUGGCCGCUCCCUGGCGAGGUCAGGUUUCUGUGGGGAGAAGGAGAGUGGCAGAGGUGACUGGUUCGUGGUUCUUCUAGGCUCUCAUGGCCACCAUGUCGGAAGGCCGACGCCAGACUCAGCCAAGGAGUAGCUCCAGUGGCCGAGAGACUAGCCUGUGGUCCUCAGGCUUUGGGAUGAAGCUGGAGGCUGUCACCCCAUUCCUGGGGAAGUAUCGCCCCUUUGUGGGUCGCUGUUGCCAGACCUGCACCCCCAAGAGCUGGGAGUCCCUCUUCCACAGAAGCAUAACGGACCUAGGCUUCUGCAGUGUGAUCCUGGUGAAGGAGGAGAACACCAGGUUUCGGGGCUGGCUGGUUCGGAGGCUCUGCUAUUUCCUGUGGUCCCUGGAGCAGCACAUCCCCCCCUGCCAGGAUGCCCCACAGAAGAUCGUGGAAAGCACCAGGGUGCAGAACCUCCUCUCAGCGAGGGUCCCAGGAGGCGCUGGCGAAGGCCAGGCUCCUGACCUUGUGAAGAAAGAGGUACAGCGCAUCCUGGGUCACAUCCAGGCCUCACCCCGUCCCUUCCUGGUCAGGCUGUUCAGCUGGGCGCUGCUGCGGUUCCUGAACUGCCUCUUCCUGAAUGUGCAGCUCCACAAGGGUCAGAUGAAGAUGGUCCAGAAGGCCGCCCAGGCAGGCUCGCCGCUUGUCCUCCUCUCUACUCACAAAACCCUCCUGGACGGGAUCCUGCUGCCCUUUAUGCUGCUCUCCCAGGGCCUGGGUGUGCUCCGUGUGGCCUGGGACUCCCGUGCCUGUUCCCCUGCCCUCAGAGUUCUCCUGAGGAAGCUUGGGGGGCUUUUCCUGCCCCCAGAGGCCAACCUCUCCCUGGACAGCUCUGAGGGGCUCCUUGCAAGGGCUGUGGUCCAGGCGGUCAUAGAGCAGCUGCUGGUUAGUGGACAGCCCCUGCUCAUCUUCCUGGAGGAAACUCCUGAGUCCCCAGGGCCACGGCUGUCAGCCCUGGGCCAGGCUUGGCUGGGGUUUGUGGUGCAGGCAGUCCAGGUGGGCAUCGUCCCAGAUGCUCUGCUGGUACCAGUGGCCGUCACCUAUGACCUGGUUCCGGAUGCACUGUGUGACAUAUACAAUGCCUCGGCCCCCCUGGGGCUGCGGACAGGAGCUCUGGUUGUGCUACGUAGCCUGUGGAGCCACUGGGGCUGCAGCCGCCGGAUCUGCUCCCGGGUGCACCUAGCUCAGCCCUUCUCCCUGCAGGAAUACAUCGUCAGUGCCAGAAGCUGCUGGGGCGGCCGGCAGACCCUGGAGCAGCUACUGCAGCCCAUCGUGCUGGGCCAAUGUACUGCUGUCCCAGACACUGAGAAGGAGCAGGAGUGGACCCCCAUAACUGGGCCUCUCCUGGCCCUCAAGGAAGAGGACCAGCUCCUGGUCAGGAGACUGAGCUGUCAUGUCCUGAGUGCCAGUGUGGGGAGCGCUGCGGUGAUGAGCACCGCCAUCAUGGCGACACUGCUGCUCUUCAAGCACCAGAAGGGCGUGUUCCUGUCACAGCUCCUGGGGGAGUUCUCCUGGCUGACGGAGGAGAUACUAUUGCGUGGCUUUGAUGUAGGCUUCUCUGGGCAGCUGCGGAGCCUGCUGAAGCACUCUCUGAGCCUGCUGCGGGCGCACGUGGCCCUGCUGCGCAUCCGCCAGGGCGACUUGCUGGUGGUGCUGCGGCCUGGCCCAGGCCUCACGCAGCUGGCACGGCUGAGUGCUGAGCUGCUGCCCGUCUUCCUGAGCGAGGCUGUGGGUGCCUGUGCAGUGCGGGGGUUGCUGGCAGGCAGAGUGCCGCCCCAGGGGCCCUGGGAGCUGCAGGGCAUAUUACUGCUGAGCCAGAAUGAGCUGUACCGCCAGAUCCUGCUGCUGAUGCACCUGCUGCCGCAAGACCUGCUGCUGCUAAAGCCCUGCCAGUCUUCCUACUGCUACUGUCAGGAGGUGCUGGACCGGCUCAUCCAGUGCGGCCUCCUGGUCGCUGAGGAGACCCCAGGCUCCCGGUCAGCCUGUGACACAGGGCGACAGCGACUGAGCAGGAAGCUGCUGUGGAAACCGAGUGGGGACUUUACUGAUAGUGACAGUGAUGACUUUGAAGAGGCCGAGGGCCGGUACUUCAGGCUCAGCCAGCAGUCACACUGCCCAGACUUCUUUCUCUUCCUCUGCCGCCUGCUCAGCCCACUGCUCAAGGCCUUUGCACAGGCUGCCGCCUUCCUCCACCAGGGCCAGCUGCCCGAUACUGAGUCGGGCUACACAGAGCAGCUGUUCCAGUUCCUCCAGGCCACCGCCCAGGAAGAAGGGAUCUUUGAGUGUGCGGACCCAAAGCUCGCCAUCAGUGCUAUCUGGACCUUCAGAGACCUAGGGGUUCUGCAGCAGAUGCCGAGCCCUGCAGGCCCCAGGCUCCACCUGUCCCCUACUUUUGCCAGCCGGGAGAAUCAGGAAAAACUAGAACAGUUCAUCCGGCAAUUCAUUUGUAGCUAGAACUGUGAGAAGGAGCCUGUGCCGAGACUUCUCAGCCACACAACACAGCUGUGUCCUAGAGCCAGAAGACGCAAGACGGAGAGGAGGCUGCAAACCCUUAGCUGGUCUAUAAAUAUAAUCAUUGAGGCUUGAUUGUCCCUUGCCAUCUCUUGCUUUCUCCCUCCUUUGAUGUGAUAAACAAGGGGACCAGACAGGUUGUCUUUUCCCAAGCCCAGGAG